AUGUCGCUAUCUCAAGAGGAGCACGACAUGAUAGCCCUCGCCGCACGGGUCUCAUCUGCUUUUUCAGUCCUAGGUGUAUUCACAAUCUUUGGUGUCUUCUCCUUUGCGAGGGCCUUUCGCAGUCCGAUCCAUCGAAUCAUCUUCUACGCUGCUUUUUGUGACCUAAUCGGAUGCGUCGGGACCAUGAUAUCUGUGAGCGGGCCUGAUGCAGGAGAUACUUCGUCACUAUGCCAGUUCCAAGGUUUUGUGCUACAAGUGUUUCCACUCGCAGAUGUACUUUGGACUCUGGCCAUGGCGUUAGACGUCUACCUUGCGGUCUUUCAUCAAUUCGAUGGCCGUGCACUGCAACAAUGUGAGAUUAAGUACGUCAUGGCAAUUGCCGUCUUCACAUUCAUUCCUGCCUUGAUCUUUCUCUUCAUUCACACUCCUGCAAGAGGCCCGAUGUAUGCUGGUGUAAUCAUCUGGUGUUCAAUAAGCUCUAAGUGGACGCUCGUCCGUCUUCUCCUCUUUUAUGUACCUAUAUGGUAUGGCCCGUCGUUCAAGACCACAUUUCCUUCCAUCGAUCGUUCAACAUUGACUACUAUGAACAGGCUUACUAUCGCUGUUAUCAUAAUUAUCUAUGGUAUUGUUGGCAUUAAGAUCUGGGUAGUGCGUAGCGACAUCAAAUUGACCUCGGACGAUUACGGCUCCCUUUCUUCAGCAUCCACCAGUUCCCAGCCCUCGGACAGAAUCGUCAGUACUGGUACCACGAACACUCUCACUACAACCGUUGAGCCUCAGUCCCUUAAUGAAGCUAUAAACGCUCCAAAUCCACAACAAAUCACAAUCCAGCUUGGUAUAGAACGGACUUCCACGCCUCGACCACCGAGUCAUAUGCAAUCUGAGCCUCCGAGGCAACGGAGCUUGUCAUUAAGACAAUAUAUCAUCAUUCCGUCACUUUUCUUCUUAGUCUUGUUAUCGACGUGGAUCCCGCCAACCAUCUUCCGCGUUCGCUCUUUUUACCACCCUGCCUAUGCAUCAUACUCACUUCUGCUGGCUACAGCUAUCUUGAGUUCUCUACGUGGAUUCUGGAACGCAGUAAUCUUUAUCACUAUGGGUGUGAAAGGGCGGAGAAGGCACACUUAA